GAAGCCCGCACAGCCUGCCGCGGCUUCUGCUGCGCUGCGGAGACGCGCUGCACCGGACGGCACUCGCGCAAGCAAGUGGACGUUACCCGCUUCUCACCCACCAAGAUGGUGAUGUUACACAGCUAUUGUGAGGGAAAUGAGUCCCUGGCACAGGCAUGGGCUCAAGAGGGGCUGUCCCCCUGCUUCUACUUCACGCUGGUGCCUGCAGUGCUCUUCAGUGUCUGUCUCCUAUUGGGUGCCCUACAGUAUACCUGUUAUGCUCAGUUCAGCCGCACCAUGGAGCCAAAGUAUAUCCCUCGCUCCCGCCUGUACUAUACCCAAAUUUUGGUGUCUCUGUUCCUCACCCUGAUGCCCUUCUGCACUUUCCUGUGGCAAGUGCUGGGUGUGCAAGAACUGAAUGGAUAUAUGGUGCUGAAUGCCUGCUUGUCAGCCAUGAGCUGGGCCACCUCAAUUGGGCUGCUGCACCUAGAACGCACCAGGGUGAUGGUGCAGGAUCGGAUCAGAGGCCAUGGAGCAACCCUUCUCCUCUACUGGGCUCUAGCUUUUGCUUUUGAGAAUAUGGCCUUCAUCUCCUGGAACAGCCCACUCUGGUGGUGGGGAUUAAAAGACACCAGCCAAAAGGUCCAAUUCAGCCUGUGGUUCCUGCGUUACAUCAGCACCUUCACCCUCUUCGUUUUGGGGAUCAAGGCCCCAGGGCUGCCCCGAAAGCCCUACAUGCUUCUAAUUAAUGAAGAUGAGCGUGAUGUGGAAAACAGCCAGCCCCUGCUUCCAAAUGCCAGACAGAACACCUCCACGUGGAAGGAUAUGGGCCAGAAGAUACUCCUCCUUAUACAGUACAUGUGGCCAAAGGGGAACUACCCACUGCAGGGCGUGGUGAUAUUCUGUCUAAUGCUUAUGGGGCUGGAGCGUGCCAUCAAUGUCUUUGUGCCCAUCUACUACAAGCAUAUUGUGGAUGAGCUCACAGAGAGAGUGACUUGGCACAUAGUGCUUCAGACCAUUUGUAUCUACGCGAUCCUCAAGUUCCUCCAGGGAGGAGGGGCUGGAACCACUGGCUUCCUUAACAAUGUUCGCACCUUUCUGUGGAUCCGCGUGCAACAGUUCACCAGCCGUGAAGUCCAGGUAGAGCUCCUCCGGCAUCUCCAUAACCUGUCUCUUCGCUGGCACCUGGAGCGCAAGACAGGCGAGGUGUUGCGCAGUGUUGACCGAGGCACUAGCAGCAUCAACAGCUUGCUCAGUUACAUCAUAUUCAGCAUCUUCCCCACGGUGGCUGAUAUUAUAAUUGCUAUUGUGUAUUUCGCCUUAACCUUCAGCGGCUGGUUCGGCCUCAUCAUCUUCCUCUGCAUGAGCCUUUACCUCACACUGACUAUAAUAAUGACUGAGUGGCGAACAAAGUACCGCCGUGAUAUGAAUCUUCGUGACAAUGAGGCCAAGUCUCGAGCUGUUGACUCACUUCUCAACUUUGAGACGGUGAAGUAUUACAGUGCAGAGGACUACGAGGCUAGACGCUUCAAUGAUGCCAUUAUCAAGUAUCAGGUUGCAGAAUGGAAAGUAAAUGCAUCCCUGGGCCUGUUGAACCAGACACAGAAUCUGGUGAUAGGCUUGGGGCUGCUGGCUGGAUCCCUCCUAUGUGCUUCUUAUGUGACUAAUAAGAAACUCCUUGUAGGCGAUUAUGUUCUCUUUGGCACAUACAUUAUUCAGUUGUAUACUCCGCUGAACUGGUUUGGCACAUAUUACAGAAUGAUCCAGUCCUCAUUUGUUGACAUGGAAAAUAUGUUUGAGCUCUUCAGGGAAGAACUGGAGGUGAAGGAUGAACCAGGUGCUGGAGAUCUUCGAUUUCUCGCAGGACGUGUGGAAUUUGAAAAUGUCCAUUUUGGCUAUGUAGAAGGGAAGGAAAUUUUACAUGAUGUUUCCUUUACCGCAAUGCCUGGGCAAACUCUAGCGCUGGUGGGACCCUCUGGGUCAGGAAAGAGUACCAUUGUCCGACUGCUGUUCCGCUUUUAUGACGUGUGGGGAGGCUGCAUACGAAUAGAUGGGCAGGAUAUCUCUAAGGCAAAGCAGGUCUCUGUGCGUUCCCAUAUUGGUGUAGUGCCUCAGGACACUGUCCUCUUCAAUGAUACCAUUCGCAACAACAUCCGAUAUGGUCGUAUUGACGCUACCAAUGAAGAGGUUAUAGAGGCAGCCAUGACUGCUAAUAUCCAUGAUCGUAUCCUCACAUUUCCUGAUGGUUAUGAUACGCAGGUUGGUGAGCGAGGUCUGAAGCUGAGCGGUGGGGAAAAACAGCGAGUUGCUAUUGCCCGCACCAUCUUGAAGAACCCUCACAUCAUCUUGUUCGAUGAGGCAACAUCAGCAUUGGACACCAAAACGGAGAGAAAAAUCCAGGCAUCGCUGGCUAAAGUAUGUGCCAACCGCACCACUAUUAUUGUGGCUCACAGGUUAUCAACCAUAGUUAAGGCUGAUCAAAUCCUAGUUAUCCGGGAGGGCCGAGUGGUGGAGCGAGGAAGGCAUGAGCAGCUACUAAAGAAAGGUGGUCUCUACUGUGACAUGUGGUUUCAACAAGGAAGUGAGAAGCCUGGUGGUUCAGACACAGACAGCAAGGCCAGCAUCAUAUCAAAAGCUGGCGCUGAGGAAUCAGAAGCAGGUGAUGCUGUGGGUGAGUCUGAGGAUGAAGCUCAGGAUGAACCUGAAGCUCAGGAUGAACCUGAAGCUGAGGACGAACCUGAACAUGAGGAUGAAUCAUAGCCAAGCAACUGAAAGAACUACUGAAUGUCUCCUGCACGAUGGAGCUUGAAGCCAAAAAGGGGCUGCUACCUUGCCCUUGACAUUUGUGAUGACUUACCACACAAUGGGAAAGUUCUGGUCUCUAGAACAUUUAGCAGAUCCACCAAGUUUGGUUAUGGAAAAUCAAAUUAGAGGAAGCAUAGACUCCAUAUUCUUAACCUGCUCAUAGUGAUAGAACAACAAAGAGUACCCUACAAGCUGCUGUCAGGGUGCAGAAUAUGUUGCAUGGUGAUCCAGACAUGUUAUGAGUGAAGGGGAGAGGCUGGGACCAGGGCCACCCUGCCAUACUACUGUUGUCACUGGCAAAUGUCUUUUUCCGCAAGAUGAACUGGGUAGGCAAGAAGAGGAAAAUGACACGUGUGAGUAUUGCCAGUGUUCUGUAUGGAACCAGAGGAAUCCUCAGGGAAAAGAGGCGCAUUUUCAUAAGUUCUGAUUUUGAAAUGUCUGUUUGAUUUUCAUAAACUCUGUUUUCAGAUCAAUUUGCAGAUUCCAUUU